AUGCUCGCGUCUGUACUUCCGUUGGGAAAAGCCACCCGGUUCUUGCCGUUGGCGUGUCGUAGCUUCUCUGUGUCGUAUAAAUUGAGCCAGGUUUCCUCUGGCGAUGCCAGAACUCAAACCAACCGCUUGGAGAAAACGUUGAACCGUUUCUGGAAAAACGCUCAAACGAAGGAAAACCCACAAACAAAACUCUACGAGGUUUGCCUAGAUGACAAGCCCCUCAAGACCCCACUAGGACACACGUUGGCUAUACCUGCUGAGAAGAAGCAGUUGGCGCAUUUGGUGGAGCACGAGUGGGACACAUUGAAUGACUUGAAAAUCAAGCCCAACUCUUUGCCGUUGACGUCGAUGGUUUCGCGUGCUGUAGACUUGCAAACGGUUCAUUUCGCCGAGGAAGUAGAUGCAAACAUGGUAGCCAAGAUUGGCGACUUGAAUGAUAUCAAAUACAACAUGUUGAGAUACUUGGACACAGACACGUGUUUGAUCUUCACUGUUGCCGAGGAAUACGAGGGUCGGUUGAGAGCCAAACAGGAGGAGUUGUAUCGCCCAUUGAUAGCCGAGUACGAGGACUUCUUCACUGCCUACGGCAAAAAGCACAAUCUCUUGCCGGAUGAGAACGCCAGAAUUCACUUGGAAGUUUUAGAUUGUGAGACUGAUGGUCUCUGUGGUAAAAGCCAGUCCAUCACCACGCAGAAUGUAGUUUUGAAGUGGUUGGAUCUGUUGCCGAUCUAUGACCUUGUGGCUUUGGAGAAAGCCAUUUUGUCUUCCAAAUCUUUCCUCUGUGGUGCUUCUAUCCUUCGGUCCAAUGUUGGCGACGAAGACGCCCAGAAGAACUUGUAUCAGGUGAACAAGUCAGACGUCUCCGACUACUUCUACAAGUCCGUCGAUGAGAUCAUGGAGUUGGGCAAUCUUGAGACCAUUUUUCAAACCGGUGAGUGGGGUGAAGUCGAAGAUACCCAUGAUGUUGACAACGCUGAUUGGUUGAGAAACUUGUCUUCUAGUGCACUUGUAUGUCAUUAG